GAAGAGAAAAAACAAACCCUUAAUACGUAGCUGAGAAGCAAGAAAAGAUAGAGAAAACGUGAGAGAUCGAUCAUGGCGACUUCAACAGGUGAAACAACAAGUUUAACACAAAAGGAAGUUAAUGUGGCUGCAGAAUUAUUGAUAGAAUUGAACCAAUAUCAACCUCGAUAUCAAAGACAGUCACCAGAAGAAGAAGAUACAGAUGAUGAAGAGAAUAUAGAUGAUGAAGACGAUACAUAUGAUGAGUUUGCGUCCACUCCAUUAUUACAGGUAAGCCAAGCUCAUCAAAAGAAGUCUAGGAAGAGGGAAGAAAAAUCUGACAAAAAUCAACCUAAGAGGGUUAAGAAACAGAAUAUCAUGAAAAUAAAUAUCAAAGACUUUUCAGAAGAGACUCGGAGGUCAAUUGAGGUAUGGUACAAAGCUGAAAUCGAUCCACAUGAAAUAUUCGGCGAUAAUGAGGUGACAAGGCAAUUCAGCAAACCGAUAAAGAAGCAGUUGAUGUCGAGCGACGUCGAUAAAGAUCAAAGCAGGCUCAUGUUAUCUAAGGAGCAAGUGAAGGAGAAGAUGCUUCCUUUUCUAGAAGAAUCAGAGAAUCCGGUAAAGGGGGUUGAUGUUUCGGUGUAUGGACCAGACGGAAAAGUUCAACAGAUGAAGUUCAAGUUCUGGAAUGGGGAUAAAACACCUGUGUUAACUACGGGAUGGAAGGAGUUUGUUGCAAAAUGUGGUCUUCUAAUGACUUCCGAUUUUGUCACUGUUUGGAUGUUUAGGCACAUAAAGACUCGAAAUAUUUGCUUUGCUAUUCACCGCGUUAGAUUUCCUUUAAAAAAUUAAUCGAGUGGGAUGAUUUUGAAGACUGCUUUCUUGAAUCUAAAUUAGUGUUUUUUGUUUUGGUUUAUGGAUACUUACGUAAAAACAUUUAUUCAUUAAUGAAUUCAAACGAUUCCC